GGGUAGCUAUGAUAAUUGUUUUCCUUGUUCCAAAGGGGGAGACUUCUAGGAUGACUCUCUGAAUAAGGACGCCAAAAGUGCGAAGUGACUUGAUGUGAGCGGAGGCGCAGACCACUGGGUCACGGGAGAUAAAGUGGCCCCAUGAAUAGAAAUGCCUGCCCAAGUACUGGGAUUGGAGAUAAUGGAUGAAGAUCGACUAAUGGAAGAAGUCUUGGAUAAGUUUGUUAAUUCUCAUGAGCAAACAUAUGAAGAAUUUUUGAGUACUUUCACUCAUCUUUCAAAAGAGGAUAACUUGACCAAAAGGGGAGCGUUUGGGCUGGAUGCUUCAGAGAACACGUUUACGUCAGUAGAAUGUACUCAUAAAAAUGAACCACGUGACCACCGUCUUAGAAAUGCAUCUACUUUCCUUUGUACUUCAUCACAGUGUUUAGAAGACAAAGAGAUAGUGUUGGAUGAAGGCCAAAAAGUUGGCACUUUCUUUCAUGGCGAUCUGCACCGGGCAGGAAAGGUGAAGGUGGACAGUUUCCCAGCUUUAGAAGAUGUGGACGUGGGUGAAGAAAUGGAGCCCCAGAUGAGGAAGGAUUUGCUGCUGCUUCCAGGAGAAGUGGAAGAGGACCUAAGCAGCAGUGUUCCUUCUUACAUCCCUUCUGUGUACCAGCCUCGUACCACUGAAGUGAAGCUGAGGCCCACCAUAAAAGGAAAAGAGCAAAGGGAAGAGAUACUAGGAGAUGAAGUUCAGCCCUUUUCACUUGACGAAGACUUUGAUUAUGACAGUGUGACUCUAACCCCCAAGUUCACUUCUGCAGAGAUAGAGAGCAUGAGGGAGCUUUGGAAGCAAGAGAGAAGCAACGCCAGCGCUGACGAAGGAGAACCCCACAGCUGAUUCAUAUGGCGUCUGUGUGUUUAUUUUUAUUUUGCCCAUAUUUAAACAACAUUAGAAUAAAAGAUAAACCAACUAUA